UGUCACCACUGGAGGAAAACAAACAGGUGAAAUAUGAUGAAUGCACUGAGUCUUGCCCUUCUUUGUUUAUUCCUCUGGCCUGAGCUUGCAGAGGCUCAGUUUCCUCGAGUGUGCUGCACAGUGGAGGGGAUCCUGUCCAAGCAGUGCUGCCCUGCUCUGGGCUCAGAUCCUGCCAACGUGUGUGGCUCUCUGUCGGGGAGAGGAAGCUGCUUGGCUGUUCGAGUCGACAACAAACCCUGGGGAGGACCAUACAGACUGAGAAAUGUUGAUGACAGAGAAAGGUGGCCAACCAAAUUCUUCAAUCAGACUUGCAGAUGUACUGGUAACUUUGCAGGGCAUGACUGUGGUCAGUGUAAAUUUGGCUGGACCGGACCAAACUGUGACCAGAGGAAAGCUCCUGUGGUACGGAAGAACAUCCACUCCCUGACACCUGAAGAGCUCCAGGAGUUCCUUGAUGUUCUGGAACUGGCGAAGACCACCACCCACCCAGACUAUGUCAUUGCUACCCAGCACUGGCUGGGACUCCUGGGACCGAAUGGAACUGAGCCCCAGAUUGCCAACAUCUCUAUCUAUGACUUCUUUGUCUGGCAACAUUAUUACUCUGUCCGAGACACUCUUCUUGGUCCCGGUCGUCCAUUCAAAGCCAUUGAUUUCUCACACAAAGGACCAGCAUUCAUUACCUGGCACAGGUAUCACCUCCUCAGCUUGGAAAGAGAGCUACAGAGAUUGACUGGCAAUGAGAACUUUGGGAUCCCUUACUGGAACUUUGCCACAGGACAGAGUGAGUGUGAUGUAUGUACCGACUCCCUGCUGGGAGGCCGAAACCCAGACAACCCAUCCCUCAUCAGUAACCAGUCCAGAUUCUCCAGAUGGGGGGUGGUAUGUAACAGUCUGGAUGACUACAAUCGCUUGGUGACUCUUUGUAACGGCACUAAUGAGGGCUCCAUUCAGAGAGGGAUAAUGGAGAGAGGUAACAGGUCUUUGCCCACCAUGAAUGACGUCAGAAGCUGCCUUGGGAUCAGAGACUUUGACAGCCCUCCAUACUUCACCAACUCCUCCUUCAGUUUUAGAAAUGCUCUCGAAGGGUACGAAAAGCCAGAUGGAGAACUUGAUGAAUCAGUCAAUAACCUCCACAACCUCGUCCACUCCAUGCUCAAUGGAACCAGCUCUUUGUCUCACGCGGCAGCCAACGACCCCAUCUUUCUGGUGCUCCACGCUUUCACUGAUGCCAUUUUUGACGAGUGGAUGAAAAGAUUUGCUCCAUCCAACGCCACCUACCCAGAUGAGAUGGCCCCCAUUGGUCACAACAGAGACUACAACAUGGUUCCCUUCUUCCCUCCGAUCACUAAUGAGGAGAUAUAUGUUGCAUCCGAGCAGCUGGGAUAUUCCUAUGCGGCUGCCCUGGAUGACGCAGAUGGAAGUCCAGCUGUGUUUGUGCUGGGAUCCACUCUGGGGGGAAUCUUCAUCGGUCUCCUGGUGCUACUCCUUAUCUUUGUGCUCUACCUGCGUCAACGGAGAAACAGAGGUUUUGAACCUCUGAUAAAAGCAGACUUCACAAAUAGAAAGUACACAGAGGAAGCAUAG